UUAACAUUUAUUAGCAAUUUGUUCUGUGUCACAUACUCACAGUCUGUGUGAGCAAAGAAGAAGAAAGAGAGUACACACAUUCAUUCAUGCUUUUGUGACCUUGGCCUAUAGAGAGAAUCAAAAAUCACACACAUAUUCCCUCAUACUAUUCUCUCUUUAGGGCUUCUCUCUUCUUCAAUCCUCUAGAAAUUUAUUUAUCCACAAUUAUAUAUAUAUAUUCAACAUGCAUUCGGCGGCGGAGGAGGCAGUAGUGCAGAACCCUUUGAAGAGGAAGUUUGAGUGCAUGGACUCCAUCGACCCUGAACCCAUGGAUGCUACUCCUCUGAUCAAUCCCAAAAAUUUCCAACCCAGAAGGUAUCAACUUAAGGUGUAUGAAAUUGCACUGAGGAGAAACACUAUAGCUGUGCUGGGAACUGGGGCUGGUAAGACUAUGAUAGCUGUUAUGAUGAUCAAAGAGAUUGCUAAAUCUAUAAAGCUCCAAGCUUUCAAGAAAUUGAUUGUUUUUUUGGCUCCUACUGUUCAUCUUGUUCAACAGCAAUGUAAGGUUAUAAAGGAGCAUGCAGAACUUGAAGUGGAAGAAUACUAUGGAGCCAAAGGGAUUGAUGAAUGGAAUGCCAGCUGCUGGGAAAAGGAAAUUAAUGAACAUGAUGUUCUAGUCAUGACACCUCAGAUUUUACUGGAUGCCUUGAGGAAGGCAUUCUUGAGUAUUGAAAUGAUUUCCUUAAUGAUAAUUGAUGAGUGCCAUCAUGCUACUGGGAACCAUCCGUAUACAAAAAUAAUGAAGGAAUUUUAUCACAAAUCAAACGAAAAGCCAAAGGUUUUCGGAAUGACUGCGUCCCCUGUAACUAGAAAAGGUGUCUCAUCCAUCAUGGAUUGUGAGGAACAAAUAUCCGAACUUGAAAGCAUCUUGGAUUCGCAGAUUUAUACGAUUGAGGAUAAAACAGAACUGGAAGAAUUCGUCCCCUCAGCAAAAGAAACUUGUCGAUUUUAUGACCAAGCAGUGUAUUCUGAUCUGGUUUUGAAAGCAAAGUUGGAACAUUCGUUGGUGAAGUUUGAUGCUUUGUUGCUCAAGUUGGAAGAUUCACUGCCGUGUCACUGUAUGGACAUGGAUGAUAACUAUAAGACACUUAGAAAGCGGUUUUCCAAUGACAAUGCAAAGAUUUUGUAUUGCCUUGAAAAUCUUGGUCUUUUAUGUGCUUUUGAGGCUGUUAAAGUUUGUAUAGAGAAAGUUCCCAAUGCCAAAGAAGAAUGUGAAUUUCAUAAAAGAGGUUCUUUACAGUACAAAUAUUAUCUUGAAGAAGUGCUGUCUAUUGUUGGUGGAUCAUUGCCAUAUGGCCCAUAUGGCCAUGAAAAUCUUUUGGAUGUUGGAUCUGAUGUUUCAAAAACAGUUGCUACUGGAUUUAUAUCUUCAAAAUUACAUGAACUCCUUCAAAUUUUUCAAUCAUAUGGAGGAGCUAGGCAAGUGCUGUGUCUCAUUUUCGUUGAAAGAAUUAUAACAGCUAAAGUUAUUGAAAGAGUCAUGAAGAAAACUGCAUACUUACCCCAUUUCACAGUUUCUUAUUUAACUGGGAGUAAUUCAUCAGUUGAUGGGCUGGCACCAAAAGUGCAAAAAGAAACAUUGGAGUCAUUCCGCUCCGGGAAGGUCAACCUACUAUUUGCUACAGAUGUGAUUGAAGAGGGAAUUCAUGUCCCAAAUUGUACUUCUGUUAUACGUUUUGACCUGCCAAAGACGGUUCGUAGUUAUGUUCAAUCACGGGGACGAGCUCGCCAAAAUGACUCCAGAUUUGUAUUGAUGCUUGAGAGGGGCAACUUAAAGCAAAGAGAUCAAAUGUUUGACAUAAUUAGGAGCGAGUAUUCUAUGACAGAUACAGCUAUAAAUAGAGACCCUGAUGCCUACAUCUUGAAAUCGUGUAACAUUGAGAAAACAGAUUCAUAUUAUGUAGAUGCAACUGGAGCUUCGGUAACUGCAGAUUCUAGUGUCAGUGUCAUCCGUCAAUAUUGUCAAAAGCUCCCUGGCGAUAAGUACUUCAAUAAAAAGCCCAGUUUUCAGUUCUUGUUGUCAGGAGAGUUGUAUCAGUGCAAGUUAACAUUACCUCCUAAUGCAGCUUUUCAAACAAUAGUUGGUCCUUUAAGUGGGAAUUAUAAGUUAUCAAAAAAGCUUGUAUGUUUGGAGGCUUGUAAAAAGUUGCAUCAGAUGGGAGCUCUUGAUGAUCGUCUUCUCCCUUACAAAGAAAAGCCUACAGAAAAUGAGUCUACUCUAAAGAACAAAGAAUCAAUUUUGGGUGCAGGAACAACAAAGAGGAAGGAGUUACAUGGGACGACCUGCACGCGUGCACUAUACGGAUCUUGGGGAGACAAUCCUGACGGUGCAUCUUUUCAAGCCCACAAAAUCGAUUUCUCUUGCAAUAUUGCUGAUGAACAUUAUUGCAGCUUUGUUCUCUUGAUUGAGUCAAAGCUAGAUGAUGACGUAGGAAAUGCUGAUGUGGAGCUUUACUUAGUUUCAAAGUUUGUAAAAGCUUCUGUUUCUUCAUCUGGGCAUAUACAUCUGGAUGCUGAACAGGUGUUGAAAGCAAAAUGCUUUCAAGAAUUUUUUUUUAAUGGGCUAUUUGGGAAGUUAUUCCUUGGAUCAAAACAAUCAAGGGAAGGAAGAAAAUUUCUACUUCAGACGGGAGAGAAUUUAUGGAACCCAUCAAACAUGUAUUUGCUUUUACCCUUGGAGUCAUUAAACAUUCCAAGUCGUGAACCUUGGACAAUUAACUGGAUGGCAAUAGACUCUUGUGUUUCUGCAGUGGAAUUUGUGAAGAAAAAUGCUUGGUUAAGUACUGAGCAAUCUAAUGGUGACCGGAGAAAUUCGUUAAUUGAUAAGACAGAUUCAGUUUGGACCGACUGCAAUAGCACAAAUGUUAUCCACUUGGCAAAUAAAUCAGUUCCUAUAAACGACCUUGGAGGGAUGGUGGUCUUGGCCAUUCAUACUGGAAGAAUUUACUCUGUCCUAAAUGCAGUUGAUAAUACAUCUGCUGAAAGUCCUUUUGAUGGAAAUUUUGAUGCAAAAGAUUCUAGUUAUUCAUCCUUUGCUGAUUACUUCAACAAAAAGUAUGGGAUUGUACUGAAGCAUCCAGGACAGCCUUUGUUGUUACUAAAGCAAAGUCAUAAGGCUCACAACCUUCUCGUGGAUUUCAGCAGUCAAGGUAGUGAUAAAAUGGUUGUUGAGAAGGAACGGCAAUAUGCUCACAUGCCACCUGAGCUUCUUGUCGGUUGUGAUGUACCUACAGAUGUUUUAAAAUCAUUUUACUUGCUACCUUCCUUAAUGAAUCGGCUGGAGUCUCUGAUGUUGGCCAGCCAGCUUAGAGAAGAGAUUACUUGCCAUUCUAGCAGCUUUCAUAUAUCAAGCUCAUUGAUUUUGGAAGCCAUCACAACUCUUACAUGUAGUGAAAGCUUUUCAAUGGAGCGUUUAGAGUUGCUUGGAGAUUCUGUGUUGAAGUAUGCCGUUAGCUGCCACCUCUUUCUAAAAUAUCCCAAGAAACAUGAAGGACAAUUAUCGGCACAGCGCUCAUGGGCUGUCUGUAACUCAACCCUAUAUAAAUUGGGAAUUGAUCGCCAUUUACAGGGUUACAUACGAGACUCUGCUUUUGAACCCCGUCGUUGGAUUGCUCCAGGACAGCGUUCAAUAUUUCCUUGUCCUUGUUCAUGUGGGGUGGAUACGUUGGAAGUUCCUUUGGACAGCAAAUUUCUCACUGAAGACCCGAAAGUUAUGGUUGGGAAGUGCUGUGAUAAAGGUCAUAGGUGGAUGGGUUCAAAAAGCAUAUCUGAUUGUGUUGAGGCACUAAUAGGAGCUUACUAUGUUGGUGGUGGCUUGGUUGCAGCCCUUCAAUUGAUGAAGUGGCUUGGUGUUGAUGCUGAACUUGACCCCUCACUUGUAGAUGAAGCUAUUAAAAGUGCUUCUCUCCACUCUUACAUCCCAAGGGCUAAUGAGAUUGAAACUCUAGAGGCAAAGCUUGCAUAUAAUUUCUCUGUCAAAGGUCUCUUACUGGAGGCCAUAACACAUUCAACUGAGCAAGAAUUAGGGAUUGACUACUGUUACCAGAGACUUGAAUUUCUUGGCGAUUCUGUUUUGGACAUACUUAUCACAUGGCAUCUCUACCAAAGCCACACAGAUAUUGAUCCAGGGGAGUUGACAGACUUGCGUUCAGCCUCUGUUAACAAUGAAAGUUUUGCGGCUGCUGCUGUGAGACGAGACCUUUAUCAGCAUCUUCAAAUUUGCUCUGGAGUUCUUUUAAGUCAAAUAACUGAUUACGUGAAGUCUCUUUCUGGUUCUCAUAGCACCACCAAGUCACUCCAAGGCACAAAAGGUUCAAAGGUUCUUGCAGACGUGGUAGAGAGUAUUGCAGGGGCAAUACUAAUUGACACCAAGCUUAAUCUGGAUGAAGUGUGGAGAAUAUUCAAACCCAUAUUACCUCCAAUUGCGACACCAGACAAGCUUGAACUGCCUCCUCUACGGGAACUGAUUGAACUAUGUGAUUCUCUUGGGUACUUCAUAAAAGAAAAUUGUAUUGAAAAGGGAAAAAUGGUGCGUGCUGAGCUGAGUGUACAGUUGAAAGAUGUUCUUCUGGUUGGUGAGGGAUUUGGGCAGAAUAGAAAAGUUGCAAAGGGACAAGCGGCUCUUCAUUUGUUGAAGGACCUGGAGAAUAGAGGAAUAUCAUAUGCAAAGAGGAGAAAACAGGGCCCUGAUAAUGUUGGUGUUCCGUCUUUCCCAGACUCGAGUAAUACUGAUUGUGGCCAAACAGAGACGAUAUGCAACAAAAGGCAAAAGAAAACUACCACUGAGUUGCACUCAAAGCUGAUCGGAGCUACUACCCUCAGCGAUGACAGUUCUGGGAAAGCUUGUGAUCCCAAGCUAAACAUUCCAGUUAUUGCAUCGAUUGACAUGAACAAAGGAGGACCUCGAAAGUCACUUUUUGAGCUUUGCAAGAGACAGCAAUGGCCAAUGCCUACAUUUGAUGCAACAGAACACAAAUCAAGAACUCCCAUACAAUUUAAUGGACGCGCUGAAAGACAAGGUUUUAGUAGUUUUGCCUCUAAAAUCACGUUGACCAUACCUGACUCUGGUGUCUUCGAACUCACUGGAGAGCAAAGAGCUGAUAAGAAGAGUUCUUUCGACUCUGCGGCACUCCUCAUGCUGUAUGAGCUUCAACGGCAAAAAAGGCUCAUCAUUGAUGAUGCUGUUUGAGCUUCAACGACAAGGAAAGCUCUCGUUGGUGAAGUAUGGAGGCCAUUUUCCAUUCCAUCUUCGACGAUGGAGGCCAUUUUCCAUUCAAUCUUUGACCUCCCCCUAUUUAUUCUUCAUAAAAUAGAGCAUUUUAGGGAGGAUGUAAGUAAGAAUAAUGUUGUGUAUAUAUCAUAUAGCAUCUUGUACAUUUCCUUCGCAUUUUGUAAAUAAUUUUUAAUACGACAUUUUUUUUUUUUUUUGCC